UAGAAAUUAUGUGGCACUGAGAACUUAGUGUACUGGAUUUCUUUCGUUUGAAAAUUGGGUGCAAUAUAUUCGACUAGACGUGCUGAGAUAAAAGAAAGAUAAUUUGUAUAAGUUUGUCAACUCUUAUACAGUAUGACUACGUAAUUGUUUUGGUCGAAUAGACACAUUCAAAUUAUGAAUUUGAAAGCAUGAUAAUAAAUUGAUGUCACAGUAUGGUAUCGUUAAAUUGCGGUAUUAAACAUUCUCCAGCAGCAGUGCAAGUCUUCCUGUAUCGCUAUUACACAUUUAGGCUCGGGACUAUAUAUGAUUUGACGGCUCUUGGGGACCAAGUAAAAAAUGUUUCAAAGUUAACAGUUUGUGGUAAAUUUAAACGAACAUCGACUGCGGAAUUUGUCGAAUCAUUCUGGCCACGUAUAUAACAUCCUCUCUGGCAUAUUCGAUCGUACAUUGAAGUAAAAUUGGUUGUCUAGUGAUACUCGUAAGUUCCACCAGCGGAAAUCAUGUCUACUUUACUACGGGGACUAGAAAUGAACAAACUCGCUUCGAUAAAAUGGGACGAUUCCGUGAUAUUUACGCUGCCUCAACUGUUGCAAGUAUACCCUUUGCCACAGAUUGUGAAGAUAAACAAGGGUUUGUGGAGCGAGAGCAACGAUGCAACUUUAUGCAAUGAUGCAAUAUUAUGCCUUCAUUCGAACAUCCCAAUUCAGAAAGUUCAUGGUCACUUGAUGAGUGACAAAGGCAAAGAAAUAUCGAUUCCGCUCGAUUGUCGAAGGAAAGUUGAAGUACGACCGCCGAAUUUGAAGGACGUUUACGAAAAUGUGAAAGAGCUUUUUUCAGUUUUCCCUAAGUAUGUUCGUAUUUCAAAAGGUUAUUUCUGUGAAUCGUCGGGGGAAAUUCUGCUAAACUUUGGAGAUAAACUGCAGUUGAAAGGAAUCGAUAAAACUAAUAAAAAGAAUGAAAAACUGGUCUGUUUCACUCAAUAUGGUCGGAAAAUCGAACUAACGAAGGAUUGUGUGGCUGGUUUUCAACCUCUGGUCGAUGGAAGAGAGUUGUACAUCACUGACGCCCUAAGAGAGUUCAAACUGCCGUUAAAUAUUCAAUUUGUCGAGCCUGACGACAGUCAUGAAAAUGCCCGGUCGGACAAUUCGUCCCCUCGAGAAGCCUUCCAAACAAUUUGUCUUGACAGAAUCUCCAACGAAACGGUGCUUACAGCCACGUCAAUUCACGCUGACGGUAUUCACGAUGCAAUGAUAUCUCCAAACUUACAGUUAAGUCUGGUAAUUUGCGAUGAGACUUUCAAGAACAGCGCUGACUACGAGAGCAUUUUAAAGAUGUUCAACUUGCCGGAUACGUUUCCUUCAGCCCCACAGCAACCAAAUGCAGCAGACUCAAGCUUGUUCUACCUCCCGUCCGAACAUAUUUAUGAAGAGUUUACAUGCUACCAGAGGCACGGAGACCUUAAUGAUGGUUAUGAGAUACCUAAUAUGGAUCCGUUGACGAUAGAUGACCCGGGAUACCAGCCUAAAGUAGGUGUUAACUCGCGCUCCACCGCCAUUCCUUUGCCUAAAAUACCCGUUCAAAAAGACACCACCAUCAGAACACCUGUUGAUAACAUUUACGUACCAGUUCCCACAGCUCUGUCGGGCUUAGAAAGCCAACAUACAGACGAAGACUCAACAUACACUGCGCUGGAUUUCACUAAGAAAGAUAACUCCGCUGAGGUAACUUACGAACGACUUGUACCAGCGAAUCCUGGCAACCAAAGUUCAGAAGAUCAACCUAUGGCACCAGUAAAUCCACGUGUUCCAAAGAACGCAGUAAAGCUUCCAUCUUUGUUGGAAAGCAAAGAUGCGCUGCUAAGGAGGUCUUCGAAAAACGGAACUUAUUCAGCUGUGCCUCGCGAAACAAAUCAAGAUUCUACCUUUACACUCACGGAAGAUAUCUACCAAGAGCUUGCGAAAUACCCGCUUGACUUGUCUGAUUUAGGGGUGGCGGGUGUUGGUAGAUUACUGAGAAACUUAGGAAUGGAAAUGUAUGUUGAACGAUUUAAAGCCGAAAUGAUUGACGGUAAAAUAUUGGCGGAACUGGAUAAGGAGAAUUUACAAUCAUUGGAUGUAAGUACUUUUCAUAUCACAAAGCUAUUGAAGUUUAUAGGAGGAUGGAGACCGAACAAGGAGAAAGAUUCUACAUGUUAAAAUAUACACAAUAAAUUUUAAACGGACUGUGGUCGCAGGAGAAUUAAAACGUCGAUAGAACAUUCAAGUUAUUGAAUGUUUUAAUCAUGAUUUUUAAGUUCUAAUAGAAGUAGCGCCUGUCUUUUGAUAACUUUAACUCAAAUGUGGUAGUAACAAGUUUAACAACUGCCUAAAAUAGACAAAAUAAAGAGUGCACCCUUCAUGAAGGCUCAGCUUUUGAAGACUAUAGGCCAUGAAACCAUUUAGCUAUAUAGGCCUAAAUGGCAACAGGUUUAGAACUUUAGGUCGACGUUUCGUCUAGCUAUUUUACGCAGUUGCCAUGCCCCUUUUGUAAAUCAUAAUGAACAGUAUUAGUAGUCAUUAGUCUUUUUUUAUAAACUAGCUAGAGCUUAGGACCAUAGAUAUCUCAUUUGAAGACUAUAUUUAAUGUUUAUUUACUUCCAUAGCACAUAAGAAAUGAUAAAUAUAAAUUAAACUGCAGUUUCCAAAAUUGCAGUUCUGCAAGCCACCGUCAGCCCCCUGUAGUGAAGUCUAGUUUAUUGGUAAUGUUUUUCAUACGGUCCAGCAAUAGUGAGAUUUUUAAACGGACGAUGACUUUGUAAUGAAAUAAUAA